CUUUUCCCUUGUCAAAACUUGUCUCUUGUAAAUACACAAGGUUAAGACGAGCGUUUAGAUUUAGAGGAAACAAAACAUGGAUGUAUACAAGGCUACUAACGGUAAUUUAUAUUUAGAAGGAAAACGUAUGUUUUAUCAACGGAUACUAUGUCUGCAGCCGCAUCUGUCUCAGUAGUCUGUCUGUGUAGUGCGCUCUGAGGCAAGUCUCGCGAGAAGUCGAUUUGCUCCGCAACUUGGUCAGCAGUCGUUCGCUCCUCCAUUUCGCUGCGUCGAAAGUCUCCUCCCCGCAACCGCUAGAUUCAGCGAUCCCGAACCCAGUCUCUCUCGGACCGUUCUUUAACUUGAUCCUACGAACCUGCCAGUACCUCACUGGGUACCGAGAGACAGUUUGGAUUAAUCUCGUCACGGAUUGAGUGCGAUUUGAAGCGGAUGGCGACUCCUUCAGCGAGAAUUUAGUAAAAGAAAAGUGCUCGGAAAUUUCAGAUGCAGUGGUACCCCUGAUCUCAGCAUCCUGGAAGUGGAAAUCACGGAAGAGACUGGUCCUUCAUCACAUACAGGUUCAGUGUGUGGCAGUGCCGGUUCUGAAGCAGGUCAGUCUGGGGAAGAGGCGGUGCAGCAGCGCACCUGUCCCGCAGUGGCUGUGCUGGGUGGCAAUUCCGCGUCUGCGCAGAAUGUGGCCGGGCCACCCCAGCAUGCCCUGCAGCCAGUCGCAGCUGCCCCUCUACCACCAUCAAUGGCUGACAUUUCCACUGGAUCGCAGCAGCAAGGAGACUCAGGAGCCACGUAUAAAGAACAGACCACCACUGAUACUCAACAAAAUAGCAUCAAGGAACCAGAGGCGAUAUCAAUUUUGUACGACAAAAAAGAAGCUGUGCAAAGAGGGCUGGUGUCAGCUACUGCUGAAGACUUACAAAAGCUUACGAACACAUUGGAGGGUCAGACUCCCUCAGACAGACUUUUUGAGAGUGGGACGGAUAACGUUAAAGAACAACAAUUGCUUUCCGAGUGUAAGACGGACGAAACAAGCCUCUCGCAUAAGGAGAGUGAUAUGGCGGCGCAAGCCAGCACAGCCCACUGCCAUGAUUGGAGCCAACAUCCUGGAGAUUCAGGGGCUGUCUCUGCCCCUAUUGAGACAGAAAAGGGAUCCUUGCCUCUGGAGACAAUCAAGUUGGAAUGCAAGGCCAGUUUUGAUCAGGAGAACACAUCUGGAAAGCACACACCUGGAGAAAGCCCCUGUUUCCGAGCCGCUGAUGUCACCCCAGUGGUCUCAAGUGCAGUUAAGACAACAAACAGAGAUCACAAGCAACACAGAGACAUGGUGCAGUCCCAAACAUCUCUCCAUUUUCAGACAAAUCAGACUGUCCCCUUAUCCGAGUUUAUUGUCCCACAGGAGCAAAGUACAACACGUAAUGACUCUAAGGACAUUGUGGAAAAUGUCACGCAAGAGCUACCUAAAACAAAAGAGGGUGGCGUUAAUACAGCUACAAAAGCAGCUGAGAGAGAAACACAGGGAUAUAGUGAAAAUUCUCUCUUUUCAGAAUCGACAUUAUCAAAAGAAGUUGGAGAGCACAGCACGGCAAACCUUUUGGAUGAGGGCGACUGCUGUAAAAGAAAGCAGGAGUCUGAAUCGGCAUCUGGCACACAAAGAACAACCCUUCCAAAUGCAAGCUCCCUUCCUAAAACACCUGGUUUGCCCACCCCAUGUGAAAAUACACAGGGUUCGCAAAAGCUCAGCUCUCUGCGUGAAAACACCUCCAAAGUUUUUCAGUUAGGUAAAGAAAUUAAUGUUGGGAGAGGGCAAUGCAAUGAGACCCUCCCUGUGGAUGGAGAGCUGUGUUCUAACUUGGCUGCUACAGAAGUAUUUCAUGACAUUUCUAUUGACGAACCAAAGCUGUUUGGGGAAGGCAAUGUACAAGUCCCCAUAGUGAACGAAAGGUCACAGGUCAUGGUUUUCAAACAGAAUGACAGUGCCAAACAUAUAGAAAUAUCUAUGUCCUCGAAUCACCAACAGGACGGGAGCAUUCUGCUCACACAAACGGAGAACUGUGUGACGUUAGAAAGUUUAGAAACAGAGCAGCCGAAUCUGUCUCAGGCCAGCAUUGACUGUAUGGUCCAACAAGUUCAACAGUCAAUUUCUGCAGAUCAUAAACUCUCACAGAUCCAGAUAUGCUUAAACGACACACCGGAAAUCGUGAAUGUGGAAGAGAUGCAGGAAGAGAGAGCGGAGGUUCUGUCUGAAAUAAACGCUGUUGAAGUGAAAGAUUUGAUUGAUGUUGGUAUUUUAAUGCAGCCAGAUAUGGAGGAUACCUGGCUGGUCGUAAGCGAAAUAGACGGUCAGUGUGGUGGCACAGAGCAUGAAGAGAUGAUCGAGGCCAGCACGGAGUCUCUGGUGCAGUGCACUGAAUCCCAGUCAGCCGUCGCAGUGUAUGAAUGCACCGUGCCGUGCUUUACCUCAGCUGCCAUACACGGUGAUGUUAAGCUGCUGUUACCGGGAAAACAAGAGGAGGAACUUGCAGAUAAACAAGAUGUGGAACCUAUGGAAACAUUGGAGGAGUUCACGCCUCAGUUCUCACAAAUCCAGAGUAAUCUAGACACUCACACCUCAUCUAAUGCUAAUACCCUACAACUGACAGAAGAGUUAACCACCGUGGCCUCUGCUCAAAAAGAAGGAACUUUAAUUGUCAAGCAAAAUGAUUCAAGUCCCACCGAUCUUGUAAACACACUGACGCUCAUCGGCCACACACUCGGAGACCAGCAAGAGUCUGUUAUGGUGAUGGAAAAUACACCAGGUGUGUCAUUAAUUUCAUUGUCCUGUGGCACGAUUGAUCCCAAGCUACUGAUCCUAAAGAAGGGAGACAGCCCUGUCUUUAAACAACCUCCCCCCCUGUCUGCUAAAAUCUCAAGCAAGCAAAACUCACCUGUCCAAACUGGCAGUCCCUCUGAUGGAUCAUUUAAAGCUUCAGAGUGCCUUGUCAAAACUGAUGCAACUGAAGACGUUUUGCAUGAUAACACCUCCACCACAAUAAAGGAUGACAUGUUAGCUGCUGACUGUACCGUCUCUCAAACUAUUUCCACUUCUAAUGUACUGUCACAAAAACUCCCUAACUCUCAAAGCCUUCUCCCUUCGUCUUCUGGAGAUGAGUGCACUGAGAAUAAGUCUAAACAGGCUUUAGCCGGCACUCCGUGCCAAGAUUCAAUGUCUUUGGGAGGUGAGCUGGAGCAACAGCGGUCACCAGAUGAACGCGUGUCAACAGCACAAGACACGCAAUACAGCAUUCUGGAGCCGCUUGAUGCUUCCAUUGAGGAAAGCAGUGAUGGAGAGGCGGACAGCUCCAUGGAGGUUCAGAAUGAUGACAGCAAUGCUAUGCCCAGUCCAGCACCUAAUAAGCAUGGGCAGAGCAGGACAGACAGACAAGGGAUUUUAUUGAAGGUUUGCCAGUGGAUUGCAGGCAAGGUCGCGACAGGCUCAAUUCCUUCCACCUCCCCUGUUCCGUGUGCAUCUCUAUCUCCCUCAUCCAGUGACUGGAUACGUUCCCACUCGGACAGAGCCUCACCUGUACGAAGCUCUUAUGGAAAAAACACACCUUCCACAUCCUCCCAGGGUUCUGGUGGCUGUUCUCAGUCAGAGCAAACAAAUACCCCAAAAUCUCGCUCGGAGAAGCAUACAGACAUGGCCGAACUGGCAAAACAUGAAGCGGAAAUAGAGCAUCGAACCCUUGCGCUAAAACGUGAAGGCUUCUGGUCUCUAAAACGUCUGUCUCGCAUACCAGAACCAGUACGGCCCAAAGUGCACUGGGAUUACCUGUGUGAGGAAAUGCAGUGGCUUUCUGCAGACUUCGCUCAAGAAAGACGAUGGAAAAGAGGAGUGGCCCGAAAAGUAGUGCGGAUGGUGAUGCGUCACCACGAGGAACUUAGGCAGAAGGAAGAGAGAGCAAAGCGUGAAGAGCAUGCCAAACUGAGGAGAGUUGCUUCUUCUAUUGCCAAGGAGGUCAGAUCCUUCUGGAGCAGCGUUGAGAAGGUAGUUCAGUAUAAACAACAGUCCAGGCUGGAGGAGAAGCGGAAGAAGGCCCUAGAUCUCCAGCUGGAUUUUAUUGUGGGUCAGACGGAGCGUUACUCUGACUUGUUAAGUCAGUCGCUGCAGGCCGAUCCUGGACAAAGUUCAGACGUCACAGCUACAUCCAAACAGUCACAGCCGAAUGCUGUUGAUGAGGAUGAUAGAGACUUUGAGCCACCAUGUGAGGAGGAGGACGAUGAAGAGACCAUCGAGGUGGAAGAGCAACAAGAUGGAAAUGAUGCUGAGACGCAGAGGAGAGAGAUAGAGUUACUGAGACAGGAGGGCACUUUGCCACUGGACCAGCUACUAAGCACCUUAACUCUGCCCCAGGAUGUUGAAUCAGAAGACGAAGCCUCAGAUGCUACCCCUGUCACCGUUGAAGAUGAAGACAAGGAAUUCAGUGCCAAUGAAGAGGAUGCGGAAGAUGAAGAGGACACAAUUGCAGCCCAGGAAGUCAUUGAAGGAGGAGGAGAUCAUUCAGAUGAACUUUAUGACCUUGCUAGAGAGGGGGAGAUGAGCAUGGAAGAUCUUCUAGAAAAGUACAGAGGAGCAUAUGCCUCCGAUUUUGAGGAGCCCUCAGGCUCUGCAUCACCUGACUCCUCCGAAGAAUCAGAGGGCACUGAGGAGGAGGCAGAGGAAGAGACGGAAGGAGAGGACAGUAUUGAUGAGAGCAGCUCCUCUUCAGAUUCCCAAGAGGCUGUAGAAAGUGAUGAAGAUCAUGACGCCGAUGUGCAGGGGAGUGAAGAGGAGGAUGAUGAUGAUGAUGGAGGGGAGGGAAUGGAGGUUCUGUUGAGAGAGGGAGAUCAUAGUCCCACUGUGCCUACAUCUCCACGACCCAAGAAAGAGAUCAGCCACAUUGCUGCUACGGCGGAGAGCCUUCAACCCAAAGGGUAUACACUGGCAACAACAAAGGUCAAAACACCAAUUCCCUUCCUGCUUCAUGGCAACUUGCGUGAGUACCAGCACAUUGGACUGGACUGGUUGGUCACCAUGAAUGAGAAGAAACUCAAUGGCAUUCUCGCAGAUGAAAUGGGACUUGGCAAAACUAUCCAGACCAUUGCACUGUUGGCUCAUCUAGCUUGUGUAAAAGGCAAUUGGGGUCCUCAUCUGAUUAUUGUGCCCACCAGUGUAAUGCUCAACUGGGAGAUGGAGUUGAAACGUUGGUGCCCAGGUUUUAAAAUCCUCACCUAUUAUGGCAGCCAGAAAGAGCGCAAACUCAAGAGACAGGGCUGGACCAAACCCAAUGCUUUCCAUGUCUGCAUCACCUCAUAUAAGCUUGUACUGCAAGAUCAUCAGGCUUUUAGGCGCAAGUCUUGGAGGUACUUAAUUCUGGAUGAAGCCCAGAAUAUCAAGAACUUUAAGUCCCAGCGCUGGCAAAGUCUGCUCAACUUCAACAGUCAGAGGAGAUUGUUGCUCACAGGUACUCCUCUCCAGAACAGUCUAAUGGAGCUGUGGUCUCUCAUGCACUUUCUCAUGCCGCACGUUUUCCAGUCCCAUCGUGAGUUUAAAGAGUGGUUCUCCAACCCACUCACUGGCAUGAUUGAAGGGAGUCAGGAGUACAAUGAGGGCUUAUUCAAACGGCUUCACAAGGUGUUAAGACCCUUUCUGCUACGCAGAAUCAAAGCAGAUGUGGAAAAACAAAUGCCCAAAAAAUAUGAGCAUGUGGUGCGCUGUCGACUCUCCAAAAGACAGAGGUUUCUUUACGAUGACUUCAUGGCUCAGGCCUCGACACGAGAGACUUUGGCAAGCGGUCAUUUCAUGUCUGUGAUCAACAUCCUUAUGCAGCUGAGGAAAGUGUGUAAUCACCCCAACCUGUUUGAUCCGAGGCCCAUACAGUCUCCUUUUAUCACACAUCCUAUCAUUUAUUCUACUGCCUCCCUGGUUCAGCGGGCUCUUGAGACCUCUCCCUUUGAGCGCUGUGACUUGUCCUUGUUUGACCUGGUUUGUCUGGAGCAACGUGUAUCUAGAUACCAAGCAGAUGUUUUCCUGCCUCAGAGAAGAGUGACACGUCAGCUUGUUCAGGAAAUCAUGGAAUCCCCUGAUCCUCCUCCCAGACCGAAGCCUGUUCGCAUGAAGGUCAACAGGAUGCUCCAACCCUUACCUAAAUCUGAAGGGCGUUCAGCAGUUAAUACCCCGCGAACUUUGGGUCACACCACCACUGUGGUUCAGACUCCAAAGCCUCCCCUAAUCACAGAGGUCACCCCUUCCCAGGCCCCCUCCCAGCCAUUACCUCAAGUUUGCCCUGUUACUCCUGUACCUGCUCCCAAAGCUCCAGUGGCUCCUAGCACCGUUCCUUCUGCACCUGCAGUAAGGCCUCCUGCCCCCCACCCUGUGACUGUACGCCCCUCAGCACCCUCAAGUAUUUCGGCUGUGUCCAUGCCCCCUCAACCAGCAAGCACCGUCAUGACCCAGAGGGUUCUGCUCAGCCCAGAUAUGCAAGCUCGGUUGCCAUCUGGAGAGGUGGUCAGUAUCGCUCAGCUGGCCUCUCUGGCUGGCCGGCCUGUAUCGUCCUCCCAAGGCAGUAAACCAGUCACCUUCCAGCUUCAGGGCAAUAAGCUCACACUGUCUGGGACCCAGCUGCACCAAGUCCCUGUGCCUCAACCACGGCCCAUCCAAGGAAACAUAAUGCAUCUGGUUACCAGUAGUGGGCAGCACCACCUUAUUAGUCAGCCAGCUCAGGUGGCAGUUCUUCACACAGUUAGUCAGUCAGGUAGCAGCUCAGCAAUUCCCCACCCAACCAGCACAACCCCAACCUGCUCUGGACUAGCAGUACCUUUCACCGCUACUCAAGUUCCAACAUCUAUGGUAAGUGGGCCUGGGAUUGUAAAGAUUGUUGUUCGCCAGGCAACAAGUAAAGAAGCCGGAUCCGUCCCCACUCUGGCUGUGCCUCCUUCUCCUCGCCCUGCUCUUCCUCAGUCAGUCACCCUGCAUCCACAUGGCACACCGAACCCUGUUCUCAGAGCACCCGUUUCAUCACAGCCGCCACACCGACCUCCGGUCUACGCCGCACCACCUCGAACUGUUGCUUCAACCGUGCCUCCACCCACUAGGCCUGUGUUGAGAGUGAUACAGGGACAAGCACCAAACACAGAACCAGUAGCAAAGGUGAAUUCGUCAUCAACACGUGAGGACAGCAGUAGUGAUGUCAUUACAUUGCGCAUGAGCACUCCUAAGCCUGCAUCCUCGUCUCAGAGCAGCGGGUCAACAUCUCAGCGUCCCCGCGUUCAGCCCCUGCCUCCACCACCACGAUCCCCUUUCUAUAUGUCAUGGCUCGCAGACAGCCGAAAAGCCCAGCGAGACGAGCGAGUCACCCAAAUCGUCCGCAUCAACGAUCUACACUGCAGUGCUAAGCCCGUGUAUGGCCAUGAGGUGUUGGACUUUCUAACCUUCCUCCCAGGACCUUGUCCAUCCCCAGCACAUCCCGUUCUAGGCGGUUGGAGUUACUCUGGGAACAGCUCCUGCCUCACUGCCCAAUCACAGCGUUCCAGUGAGUACCUAAAAAAGAGCGAAGCGCUGAAAGAAUCCAUCCACACCUCAGAGAAGAGGCUUGAACUUCUCACCGAUGUCUUAGACAGGUUCGCUUUUGUUAUUCCUCCAGUGGAGGCAAAACCGAUCACCAUGCACAGCUGCCACCCACCUCCCUCCCUCAGGCACCAACAAUCCCUUUUCACAUCCAGUCUAUCGUCACGUCUCUCCCCACGUACUCGCAAGCUACAUCGCAUCCAGUGUAGCAUGAGGACACAGUUUCCUGACCUGAGGCUUAUUCAGUAUGAUUGUGGUAAGCUGCAGACACUCCAUCUCCUGCUUAGAAGGUUGAAGGGAGGAGGACACAGAGUCCUCAUCUUCACUCAGAUGACACGUAUGCUGGAUAUCCUUGAGCAGUUCCUCAACUACCAUGGGCACAUCUAUCUACGUUUGGAUGGCAGCACACGUGUAGAGCAGAGACAGGCUCUAAUGGAGCGCUUCAAUGCAGAUCGCCGUAUAUUCUGCUUCAUCCUGUCCACUCGCAGUGGAGGUGUGGGUGUUAACCUGACUGGGGCAGAUACAGUUGUGUUUUAUGACAGUGAUUGGAAUCCAACCAUGGAUGCCCAGGCUCAAGACAGGUGUCACAGAAUUGGACAGACAAGAGAUGUUCACAUCUACAGGCUAAUCAGCGAACGUACAGUUGAAGAGAAUAUUCUGAAAAAGGCCAAUCAGAAGAGGAUGUUGGGAGAUAUGGCUAUUGAAGGUGGAAACUUCACCACAACCUUUUUCAAGCAGCAAACUAUCAGGGAGUUGUUUGAUGUGUCCGAGGCAGAGAAGAAAGAAGCUGAGGCAAGUGUACCUCAGUCAGAUGAGGAUGAGUCCAUCAAUAAACAGCAAACCACAAUUUUGGAACAGGCCCUUUGUCGUGCUGAGGACGAAGAGGAUAUAGUGGCUGCGUCUCAAGCCAAGGCUGAGCAGGUGGCUGAGCUGGCAGAGUUUAAUGAGAACAUCCCUCUUGAUGAUGGUGAUAGUAGAGAUCAGGAAGAAGAGGAGCUCUCCAAGGCCGAGCAGGAAAUUGCUGCUCUAGUUGAACAGCUCACUCCCAUAGAGCGAUAUGCCAUGAAUUUCCUUGAAGCUUCUCUUGAAGACAUUUGCAAGGAGGAGCUAAAGCAGGCAGAGGAACAGGUUGAGGCUGCACGGAAAGGUUUAGAUCAGGCAAAAGAAGAAGGUUUGAAACUGCAUCAGUCAUCUGACAGUGACGAAGAUUCUAUACCUCCCAAUAAUGAAGAAACUACUCCCGCACGGCGCCCUCGAAAGCACAAAGAGAAGGGUGCUCCUUCUACGAGGGUCAGUGGCAGGCUUAGAGGAACGCCUGUUGAAGAUAUAUCCCUAACACAGCCCCCAGAUAGGGAAAGAAGCAGAAGGGGAUCAUGGGUGAACUCUACACCCCUACAUAAAGAAGUGCCUGAGAAGCAUUGCAGUGGUCUGCGUGGGCGAGGGGCAACCAAAGAAUCUGUGUCACUCGCAUCAUCUGAAAACCAGAAAGUCCAAACCAACCAGCAGCUCUCAAAUUCCACAACCGUGUCUCCUACUUUGCGGGGUUCAGACCAAAAAAACAGAAGUGUGCCAUCUCCCCACCCACAGCCCAACUCCCCAUCAAGCUUUGUGCCUUUAUCUGCUGCAACUCCUGGAAUGGACAGAAACUCUGGUGGGCAGUCCUCAUUAUCAGUUGCCUGCAGAGAGGACACUGAGGAGCAUGUUGAAGAGGCACUGUCUGAUACAGUUCAGCAAAGCAAGAGUGAUAGGAGAACAUCUGCAUCGUCAGACUCCAUCUGUUCUCCGGAGCAUCAUUCCGAUCACGAUGGUCAGCUCUCCCUUUCUCCUACUCUGACAUCACCUAACUCUCGCUCCCCGAGAAAGCGCCAGUCAGCUGAACGAGAGAUCCUCAAGGGUCUUCCUGAAGAUUCUCCAUCAGCCAAGGUUCUUCGAAAGCUACCAGGUCGUCUCGUCACAGUGGUGGAAGAGAAAGAGCCAAGGCGAAGACGACGGGGUGCUAGCGGAAGCGGAGGAGCGCACACUGAGGGUUCAUCCGAGGAGACUGAACAGGCAGAGCCAGUACAAGAUCCAGCUUCUCACUCUUCUGAUGGAGCCGGUCAAACUCUUAAAGACUUGCCUCCCAAAUCAACAACCACAUCUUUAGCUUCCUCCCCGCCACAACAAGAGCAGGAACAGGUCUCCUCUCCAUCACAGUCUAGUCCAGGGAGAAGCCAGCCUCCUUAUUCUCCAACGCACCAUUCUCCAGACAUGCCCGUCCUGAGAAACUUACCUGUACGACGGCGGCUGGAAACAGAGUCUCGAAUGGCUGCACAGUUAGGAGAGCAGUUUGUAGGAAGAGGUAGAGGGAUUGAUCGGCGAUCCGCCUUGUCACCUAAAAAACAUGAAGCAAAUGCGGACAGGGACAGCGCUUCAAACCUACCUGACUCGAAUGUGAAUAAUUCCAUACCACGGAAGCGUAAAAGGGGCAGACCUCCUAAAAUACCACCAAGGGCUAUAGAGCUACCAGAACCGAAGAUAUCCCAGAAAACAAGUCCAGAACAAAGCCCCCCCGUCUCACCAAAACGGAAAAGGGGUCGUCCCCGUAAAGAUUCCACAACAAGUACAACUUGUGGUGUUGAAGAAGAACAGUUACCCACAAGUUCAUCUCCAUCUACUUCUGUGGAAACUCUUUCAUCCCAAGAGCCAAAUUUGGCGGUGUCCGAUGUUAUGCCUGUGACUUUGCCUACUGUCAACAUGAAUUCACCAAUAAGCUCUCCAACUCUCAACCCCCCUUCACCCUCAAAAGCUGCUUUAGAACCAUCAACAUCUGAACCAGAUUCACAAACAAACCAGACCACUACAUCUGCUUCACUGUCUUCCAUGCAUGAAGACGCUAUAGAUAAGUCUCCCUCAGAGGUUUCACGUGAUGAUACUACCAGUCCAAACCCCAUCAUUGCAGAUAGUGACUCUCAAACCAGUACACUUAAAACUCAACCACACAGCACUUCCACAGCGUGUGUCUCUGAGACCAGCACAGCUUCAUCCCCUACACUACAACUUCCUAGUAAUCUCGAAGAAACUCGAGCUAAUACAGUUCCUGACGAUUUCCAAAAGCAUACCUUGACACCUGUGCUUGAUCAGAGCAGUCAAGUCACAGCCUCUGAAAAUGUAACCGUCUCGGGCAUAGAGAUGGAAACUGAAAUAAAUCCCCUCGCCAGUAUUCAGAACAUAGAUCAUUUGCAGCACUCAGAUACACCGAUUGAAACAACUUCCCAACCCUUACACAAAAUAUCUCUACAAGCCUCUGUAGAGCACAUUUGUGAAGAAGCUGUACCUUCUAGUGCCCCAGAACAGUCAUCCACCCAACCUUGUCCUGCACCUGCUUUGACUUUCUGUACUGAACCAAAGUCAUCUUCAGAGUCUCUGAAACCAGAAGAGUCUGUUACACCCUCAGAGUCAACGGUUGUCCAGCAGUCCAUCCCUGUGCCUGAUCAAACAUUAGUUCCCCCAUCACAAUCUCAAACUACACUCAUCCAAACAGCUGUAGAUUCAACACAUUCUUCACUCACAUCACCCCAGACGCCUUCAACUUGUGUACAAUCCCCAUCCAACUCUACUGAGACGACAAUGAAUCCUUCGUCCACAUCCGACAUUAAAGAUGAAGAUCCUUCUCAACCCCAAAAUAUGUCAACUGACACAGUGUCUGAAAAUCACGAACGCCAAAAUUCAGCAAAAGAGGUGGCAAUUGAAAGAACAAAACAAAUGGAAGUUGACAGUGUUGAUGAAAACAAUACAGAAGACGACGUUGUCUCAUCUCAGCCAAAAAGAAGGAAAAUUGACAGUUUGCCAAAGGAACAAACACUCAAUGCCUCAGGCACAACAAUUGUAGAUGCUGAGACUCAUGAUAUUUCCAAGAAUGAUGGACCUGAUAAGCCAUCAGAAGAAGAGGGUCACAAAGAGACCAGAAGUUUGCCCAAAAAACGAAGCCUCAGCAGGCAAAGCAGCCAAGAGUCGGUCCAUUCCUCUUCCUCAUCCUCUGUAUCCUCCUGUGGUACGAGAUCAUCUCGAUCCAAAAAGACUGGAGAGGUUAAGAGACCUGUGAAAAGGAAACGGGAAGAUAUCAAUUCUGAUAAAGAGAAGACGGAGAAAGGGUCUUCUCAAAAACGGCAGUCUAAAUCAUCCUCCUCCUCUUCUUCAGACUCUGAGGACUCUAGUAGCAGAAACAGGUGUUUGACAAGAUCGGCUCAAAAACAGCUGGAGAAAGAUGGGAGGAUUGCUAACAACGAUGAGAGGAUUGCUAACAACGAUGAGAGGAUUGCUAACAACGAUGAGAGGAUUGCUAACAACGAUGAGAGGAUUGCUAACAACGAUGAGAGGAUUGCUAACAACGAUGAGAGGAGUAAACAACAAAGGGCAAGAUCAGACAAGAAGGCUCAGAACACCAAUACGACAGACGGUGAGUCCAGUAGUGAAGCGAGUUCAAAAGUAAUACAAAAAUCCAACACUUCAACCUCACCCGAACCGGAGGUACUGGGCAAACGCUGUUCGGCACUCAACGCUGCAGCCAAGCUUUUAGCCAUGAGGGGAAGAGGACCAGAUACACCCAGUCCCAAAAAUAAGCACACUGGGCAGCAAAGUAAGCCACAGUCCUCUGACAAGAGCAGUAAGCCCAAGGGCAAAACUGGACAGGACUCUCCCAAGACCAAUAACAGCAAAGCAGGGAGCGGCAGACAAACUCCCAUUCUGUUGACUGAAUCGCCUCAGUCUUCUGCUGCCCGAUCUACUCGGCAACGACCAGGCAGUCUCGUUCCCCCCUUGGAAUCUGAACGAGUUAAAAAGGAGGAGAAGAAAAAGAUGUCUGAUCCUAAGGAAGAAGGUGAAGAUGAGAAUAGAGAAACCAGGUAUUUAUGGGGUCACAGCGCCUGCAGCAGUAUAAGCAGUGAAAGAGGAGCCGGCAGCAGCAGAAGUCGGAGCAGCAGCAACAGCAGCCAGCGCACCCACAGUCGAAGCUCACAGAGUACGGAGCCGCCCCGCUCUCUUUCCAGAGCUUCCUCCUCCGGGAGUGAUACAGAGAGAGGCAAAAGUAUUCAGAAAAAGAACCACGGAGGUAGAGGGAGGGUGAGCAGAAGAGAGAGGAGAUCCCAAAAGCAUGAGAAACUUGAAAUCAGGGCUGGAUCGAGUGAUGGGACUCCUGACAGGGUUCUCAGGAGCGUAGCCGCACUGGCAGCAGCUCAUGCGCGCACUCCAGCUAACAACACACGCUCUUCAUCCUCUCAACACCGACACUCCAAGACGUGAUCAGGAGAGGAGGAUUUUUCUUUAGGGAAUUAGAACCGCAACAAGGAGAGAAGGCAGGUUUUAUGGAGGCCAUAGUUGAGUUGUUUGAGAGAGACAGAAGAAAGAUCUUUUGCACAUUGUGAUUAGAUCUGACCUCGCCUUUGCCCUCUCAGCUACCUUAAGUCAAGCCAUUAUAGUGUGGAAAGGGACUGUCGAUGCGGGACAAUAAUGAUUCGGUCCUAAUAAUUUGAGAUUAUUUCACCCUUCUACAAAGACUUUAAGACUUCAAAGUAGCUGGGCAAGAGGCAAGAUUUAUUAUUUGUUCACACUAUGUACUGUAAUCAUUAAGACUGGAAUACUAUGUGAAGUUUUGAAAGAUUGGUCACAUAGAAUCGUGUACUUGUGCUACAGAUGGUAUUGAUGGAAAGUCAUUAAUGCUACGCUAAGCGAUUGGGCGGGGAUUGUACAAUUGUAAAGUUUUUAGACUGUUGCGUUCGAGAUGUUUGUCAGCUAUUUGACUAUUGUUUGUUUCAGUCAGUUGAUAAAUUAAGAAAAUUAUAUUAUCUUCCAGGGUAUGAAGAGGGCAGGUCUAUAAAUGUGACUUCUUGUUUGGGCUGCACUAUUCUGGAGUUACUAUUUGGCUUAGAUCACCUGUCUUGUGUAUGUCUCAGUCCGUUUCUUUUCAAAUUUUCUGCUGCCUGCUCUUUCCAUGUUUGCACAUCCCAGAUUUUGGAGUGCAUAGGUGAUUUAGGUUCUUAUGUUUUCUGCAGGACAUCAUCUUGUCAUCUUUACUAGUACCUCACGCUGAAUUUUGUAAGCUCGAAUGUUGUAUCUCUUGAGCUUGUGAUAAAUCUUGAAAUUUGCUCGUCAUUUGCAUUCUAGCCGUACAGAAUUGGGAGACAUCCUCUUGCUAUUUUUCUUCACUCUUUCCCAAAGUGUUAGUCAUUAUGAUCAUCUUUACACAUUAAAUUGUAAACUGAAUCUAAAAUGAGUUUGAUCAAAUGAGAGUGCCUGUUGAUCUGCACAAGGAUCCAUGUUAACAUAUAGAUGUUUGGACAUCUGUAGUGCUUUAAGUGUAGUAAGCUUUUCCACCCUUUAUCAUAAAUACACCAUCUCUGUUGAUGUGCAACCAAAACUGAAAUCAGUUCAAUCGGUGAAAAUCGCUACAGUCAGCUAUUUUUAUUCCUGGAGCAUUGGUCCUUUUUAUGGAGGGACUGAUGCUGGGUGGGUAGGAGACACUUUAAAAAAAAACUCUUUAAGAGGAAUAUCUUGUAUUUUGCCGAACAUUGGCAGUCAAGUGAGUUGUAAGAUAUCUUUCUUUGCCCUCUUUGGACAGAGAGAUGUUUGGGGGAAUUGGUAGAAUAUGGUGAUGGUCUUAUUUUCAUUUCGAUUUGUCUCUGUUCGGAUUUGUUACAUUCCUUAUGUUCCCUUGUAAUUCCACAUUGUUUUACUUGAAAGAUUGAAACGAAAAAGUUGAAUAAAAGACCAAA